AUGCGGCAACCCAAAGGUCCAUUGCCGAUGCGAAUUCCCGCUCAAUUAUACCACGGCCAUUUUAUAAGCAGCAAGCAGAUCGCCUCCAGGCCAAACCAGAGCAGAAGCCAGCACAAACACAAGCACAUCGCACUCUCCCGCGUAGACAUGUCGGGGCACGGCGUGGACGCGGAGGGGGAGGAGGAGGAAGACCGGAAGCCGGUGAUCAAGCCCGGCGUGCACGUGACGCUCAAGGUACGGAACACCGACGGCCACACCGUCUACCGCACCAUGCGGCGGACCGAGCAGCUGCAGGGCCUCAUGGACUUCUACUACGCCAGCGUGCCGGCGGUCCAGCGCGGCACGGGGCGGUUCCUGUACGACGGCGGCCGGCUGCGCGGCUGGCAGACGCCGGCGGAGCUCCAGAUGGAGGACGGCGAUGAGGUGGACUUCUUCACCGAGCUGCUGGGCGGCGGCGGGACAAGCGCGCUCCCGAAAGCUGAGCGGAUCAUGGCGGCGCCGCGGUUCGUCACGCUCAAGGUGGUGGACCAGGAGCAGCGCCUGGUCCGACGUACCAUCAGGAUGAACGCCAAGCUCCAGAUCGUCAUGGAUGCAUACUACGACGAGGCCGGGGACGUCGUCAAAGGCACCGGCUCCUUCUGGUUUGAAAACGUUCGGCUGCGCGGCGAGCGUACGCCAGCGUACUUCAAGCUGGACGACGGGGACGCCAUCGACUUCUUUCAACCGCAGCUUGGCGGCGGGAUCCCCGCCUAG